AUGGCUCCAGCAAAUACAAAAAGGGAUGAUGAAAAAUCUGCCAGUAUUAAGAAGAAAUCUCAAAUCACUGAAUCCGAGAUCACGAGAAUGCAUUGGUGCGGAGAAUCCACCAACAUUAUUUUGGGUCAAACCAUUAAAGGACAGAUCUAUAGGUCAGUCGAUAGAGGAGAGACCUGGGAAUUUAAACACGAUUAUGAGAAGCUUGAUGGUGCUGGUCAGCUUGAUAAGAAGAACGUAAAGAAAGCAACCAAAAUUGCAGAUAUUGUCGAAUCUCCUGUUGAUUCAAAUCUUGUUUUCCUCAUUGGUGCAUCUGGUGUUAACUGGGUAAGUGAAGAUUGUGGAGCCAACUUCAAGCCUCUAAAUAAUGGAAGGAAGAUCAGCCAGCUAAAAUUCCAUCCAACUCAAAGGAACUGGGCUAUGGCAUCAAUCUUUACUUCUUGCGAAGAUUUUGAUGAAGACGAUGAACCUUGCAAAAUUUAUCGUGAAGUGUACUAUACACAAGAUCUCGGCGAACAUUGGAACUUUCUGAAAGAUUAUGUACUAGAAUUUGAAUGGGGUAAAGGAAGUGCCGAUGACCAAGUUCCAGAGGAACUUAUAUUCCUCAUGGUUCAGAAAAACACAGUUGGUCACCUUGAUCCAGAUACUUGGGCUUCAGGAAACACUCUCAUUAGUUCCACUGAUUUCUUUAGAACUUCAAGAACAGUUGUGAAAGGAGCUAAUAGAUUCGCAAUGAUGACAGAGUAUAUUUAUGUAGCAAGGGCCCUUAAGAAUGGAGAGAUUGAUCUUGUAAUGUCUGAGAGAGCCAACAAAUUUGCUACCUUUCAUAAGGUUAAAUUCCCGAACAAAAAUACAUAUAAGUCUUUCGAAUACAAUCUUAUGGAAUCAUGGAGUGGAGCAGUCUUCUUAUUUAUCAACCUUCACACAGGAAGUGGAGUUCAAUAUGGAAAUGUGUACAUGUCAGAUGCUUCUGGAAAAGGAUUCUCUUUGACUCUUGCCAGAGUCCCAUUAGGCACAUCAGGUUAUGCAGAUAUAGAAGAAGUGAACUCUGUUGAAGGAGUAAUUAUUGCAAAUAAAUACUCUAAAUCUGCAAUUACUAAGAUGAACAAAGAUACUAUGAAUAGUGCAGAGAGCACAGGUGUGCUUAAGAAACUUAAGAAUAAGGCAGCUGCAUCAACUAAGAACGGAAAUAAAGUUAACUCAGACCCACAGGAAAUGGCACAAGCAAUUAGAGAUGCUAAGACUGAAAUGGCAACCAAGAAAAAUCCUGAAAUACCAAUUAAAACCUAUAUUUCCCUUAAUCGUGGUGGAAACUGGCAACUUUUGAAUGCUCCCGAGCAAACUGCAAAAGGAAAGAAAAUCAACUGUAAAGCAGCUAAAGGAUGUUCAUUGCAUUUACAUAGUUACAGUAGCCCUAACUUUCCAGUUCCAUACGCUCAUAACAACGCUGUCGGACUAAUAAUGGGAGUAGGUAACUUGGGAACCCAGCUUAAGUACGAUAUGGAAGAAGUCAACACAUACCUUUCAAGAGAUGGAGGACUAACUUGGCUUGAAAUUAUGAAUGGACCCCACAUCCUUGAAUUUGGUGAUCACGGUGGUAUUAUAGUGAUGGCUCCCCUAUACAAGCCAACUAAGACAGUUCUCUACUCUUGGAAUGAAGGAAAAACUUGGGUUGAGUAUAAAAUUUCAAAUACUCUUUUGAAUAUUGAUGCUAUCGAGGUUGAACCAACUUCUAAAGCUAUGCACUUCGUUCUUUCUGCAAGAAGAGCAAAGACUUCAAAGAGCAAGGGAGUUAUUUUCACCAUUGAUUUCACUGACCUCCAUCAGCCAUCUUGCCAAGGUGUCACCAAUCCAGAUACUAAAGACUCUGAUUAUGAGACUUGGACUCCUUAUGAUGGUAGGCAUGGGGAUAAAUGCUUCCUUGGAAGAAAGAUUACUUAUGUUAGAAGAAAGAGAGACAGUGAAUGCUACAACCCAGAAGAGAAAGAAGCUGUACUCUUCCAGGAAAACUGCCCAUGCACAGAAAAUGACUUUGAAUGUGAUUUUGGAUACAAGAGAACUGAAAGUGGUCAAUGUGAAGCAGCCAAAAGUAAAACUUAUGAACCUCCAGAGGAUUGCAGUGGAUAUUAUUCUAUUUCUAAAGGAUAUAGAAGAAUUCCAGGAAACACUUGUGACGGUGGUGGUGAAUACGACCCAAUCCAAAUCGCAUGUCCUGGCACAUGGUCUAUAUUCUCCAUCAGAACUUUAAUUAUACUUUUCCUAAUAGGAGUAGCCUACUAUGUAGUUGCCGAAUCUGAAUGGUUUGUAUUAGUAGUUGAUUGGAUUAAUGAUAAAUACUCAGCAAUUAUGAGUAAAAACAAUGAUCCCUACAAAUACUCUAAAGAGCUUGGCCAUAACCCAGACACUGCAGGAGACUCAGAUGACGACGAGAAGAUUGUCUCAAAAGAAGACCCAAGCUCAUCAAUAAACCAAAGAGGAAGAGCUGAUAUAGAGAUGAAAGAAGAUGUUAAAGACAGCCAGAACCUGAUCGAUAUUAACAAAUACCAAGACUCUGACGAGGAUGACGACAAGCAAAAGAUUAUCCAAUAG